AUGAAGCAUCUGGAAACGGUGCGCGCGGCUCUGGCCGAGGACUGCAAAACGCUGGUGACUGACCGUAUGGCCAUCAUCGAUGGCCUGCAACGGGACUACCACAGCGGCGCCUACCUGGCCAAGGAGGGUCUCAAGAACCCGCCUCAAAGCAACAAGGAUGCAAAGCGCCCUUCCACUGCGUCAUCCUCAUCGCGGCGCAAGCGCGCGCAUCGCGCCGAGCCCCAGCAAACUCAAGACGAGGAUGAAGAAGAGGCGGGCACCGACACCACCAGUGGUGGUGCGCGUCAGAGCAAGUCCCGUGAUAACUCAAAGCGCGGGAAAAGUCGUCAAGCAGCUCGUCGGGCUCAGGAGAACCUUUCGGUUGACAACGACGAUAUCGACGCCGUCAUUUACCAAGAGGAACAGACUGACACCAAAAAGCGCGGCGCGCAGGACGCCGAGGAAGAGGAAGGUGAUAAGUACUGCAUUGAAGGUUGCACGGGCACCGGCGAAAUGGUUGGGUGUGACAACCCGGAUUGCCCCGGGCAAUGGUUUCACUACACCUGCGUCGGCCUCACGGGGCCCCCAGAUACCAAGAAAUGGUAUGUCUCUCAAAUUCCGAGCUCCAAGCCAAAAGGCCAGAAGGACGGAGAUUAG